CGGGGCCGGGGCCGGGGCCGUGGGCGGGCUUAGAGACGAACAGGGCGGACCUAGGCCCCGGCGACAACCCAGUUCUAGCCUUCGGCGAGCAGUCUUCUCGAAGAGGCCUGUUGGACGCGAAGAGGAGAUUGCGGGCUCCCGGGACCUCUUCCAUCACCCGUCCCUGCGCUUUCGGGCUGGAGGCUCCUCGCCCUUCGUGCUCAGGCCGUUGGCCGCUUGCAGAUGGCUUUGUUUACGGUCGUCUUCCUCCGGGGAGAGGCCUUCGGGAUCAUUUCACACCCGCGCCACCCGCAAGGCCUGGAGAUUUGGGCUCCGUGGACCCGAGACGCUGAGCCACCUUCUUCCCUCCGGGACCUGGAGCCCUGGAGCCGAAGCCAUGCCUACUUGGGGGGCUGCCUCCCCGAUCCCGAUCCCUGACCGCUUUGCGGUGUCUGCGGAGGCAGAAGACAAGGUUCGGGAGCAGCAGGCCCGCUUGGAGCGCAUCUUCAGCGUGGGCAUGAGUGUGCUGUGUAAGGACUGUCCGGAGAACCCUCACAUCUGGCUACAGCUUGAGGGCCACAAGGAGAAUGUCAGCAGAGCCAAGGAGUACCUGAAGGGGCUGUGCAGCCCAGAGCUUCGGAGUGAAGUCCACUACCCACCCAGACUGCACUGCAUCUUUCUGGGAGCCCAUGGCUUCUUCCUUGACUGCUUGACUUGGAGCACAUCUGCCUACCUGGUGCCCCUGGUGUCUGGCUCACUGAUGAUCAGUGGCCUAACUGAGGCCUUUGUGAUGGCGCAGAGCCGAGUGGAGGAGCUAGCCCAGCGACUGAGCUGGGAUCUUGAACCUCAGCCUGGUCCUGGAACCUGUAAGAGUGCUGGAGUGCUGAGAGACUUCUCUGCUCUGCUGCUGUCCCGGGAGGAUGCCUACAGAGAGGCCCUGUUGCAGCUGCCCCUGGCUGUCCAGGAGGAAUUACUCAGUCUGGUGCAGGAGGUGUCCAGAGGCAAAGGGUCACAAAUGCUGGCCUCUUGGGAGGGGAGGAAUGCAGGCCUGUUGAGUGCUCAGUGCCAGGGAGUCAAGGGAGUCAGGGAAUCCCUGAACACUGGAAAUGUGGGAUGGGGAGAGUCAAGGUCAGCAAGGGGAGAAAGUCAUACCAUGAAGAAGGAGGGAGGGAAACAUGAUCCCAGGAAGAUGAAUUCAGAAUGGAAGGAGCUGUCUGGGCAAUCACAGACAGCAGAGGAUGCAGAGCCCCUGAAAGGAAAGGCCCUGGGGAAGGAAGAGGUGCCUCCGGAAAGAGGAGCCAGUGUGCAGGGUGAACCUCCUGGUGCCCAUGUCCUCUAUCAGAGGGCAUCUCAACCCCGGGGAGCUUCCCUCCUCCAGCGGCUCCAUAAUGGGAAGGCCUCACCUCCAAGAGUUCCUAGCCCUCCACCUGCACCCGAACCUCGAUGGCCCUGUGGAGAUCGGGGAGACAGGGGCGAUAAACAGCAGGCCAUGGCUCGAGGUCGAGGGUCUCCAUGGAAACGAGGCACCCGUGGGGGCAACUUGGUGACUGGCACACAGCGUUUCCAGGAAGCCCUACAGGAUCCUUUCAACCUGUGUCUUGCUAAUGUGCCUGGCCAGCCAGAUCUCCGCCACAUUGUUAUUGAUGGCAGCAACGUGGCCAUGGUACAUGGCCUCCAGCACUACUUCUCCAGCCGUGGCAUUGCUAUUGCUGUGCAGUACUUUUGGGACCGUGGGCAUCGUGACAUAACGGUCUUUGUGCCUCAGUGGCGCUUCAGUAAGGAUUCCAAGGUCAGAGAGAGUCACUUCCUGCAGAAGCUCUACUCCCUCAGCCUGCUUUCUCUCACCCCCUCCAGAGUCAUGGAUGGAAAGAGGAUCUCCUCCUAUGAUGACAGGUUCAUGGUAAAGCUGGCUGAAGAGACUGAUGGGAUCAUUGUGUCCAAUGACCAGUUCCGGGAUUUGGCGGAGGAGUCUGACAAGUGGAUGGCGAUCAUCAGAGAGCGCUUGCUGCCCUUCACAUUUGUGGGGAAUCUUUUCAUGGUCCCUGAUGACCCAUUGGGAAGAAAUGGCCCUACCUUGGAUCAGUUCCUGAAGAAGCCUAGGAAACAGAGGUCUUCUAAGGCUCACCAUCCCUCUAAGGGCGUCACCGAACAUGGUAAUCAGCAGGGGAGUGAAGAGGAAAGUGGUGGCAUUCGGAAAACCCGAGAGACUGAGCGACUCAGGCGCCAGCUGCUGGAGGUGUUUUGGGGUCAGGAUCACAAAGUGGACUUCAUCCUGCAGCGGGAGCCAUACUGUCGGGACAUUAACCAACUGUCUGAGGCUCUGCUGAGUCUGAAUUUUUAAGCCUUACCUUCAUGGCUACUGACUUUAGCUCCAGCCUCUCCAGGGGAGUCCCUUCUUUGACAAUCUUUCUGCUGCUGACUCUGACCUAGUCUCAGGAGUUGGUGCUUUGGGUUGGGGAAGCCAGGGAAGAGUAAUGGAAUGUAGGAAUACUCUUGCUUGGUGCACUAUUUAAGGACAAGUCCAUAAAGUGACAACCUCAA